AAAUGUAAAGGCCGUCUGUUCUUGACACUUUGAUCCGGCACUGUACACUCUUUUCUUCUACUCUUUAGCAUUUUUGCCUAUUUGCAGCAAUGGGUUUCAUCGAGCGCCACAAGGCUGGCCUCAACGACCUUGUGUCUCACUCGAUUGUAGGCCGAUACUUCCAUCUCGAUGGAUCGGGUCACCCCAACGAGAUUCGGGGUGCGAGGUUCACCACCGAAAUGCGAGCCGGUCUGACAACUUUCUUCACCAUGGCCUACAUUAUUGCUGUUAAUGCCUCUGUCCUCACCAACUCCGGUGGUACUUGUGUCUGCAACGACCCCGUCGACCCUACCUGCGCCAAGAACCAGGAGUACGAUCUCUGCCUCCUUGAGAUCAACCGCGACUUCGUCACUGCUACCACCGCCAUCGCUGCCCUCGGUUCCUUCCUCAUGGGUCUCUGUGCAAACCUCCCAGUUGCUCUUGCACCGGCUAUGGGUCUCAAUGCCUAUCUUGCGUACCAGAUUGUUGGAUUCCAUGGCACUGGCCCAAUCAGUUACCCUAUUGCCAUGACGGCCGUCUUUGUCGAGGGCUUCAUCUUCGUUGCCCUCUCCAUCCUCGGUGUUCGUCAGUGGCUCGCCCGAAUCAUUCCCGCGUCCAUCAAGGUCGCCUGUGGUGCCGGUAUCGGCCUCUUCCUUACCUUGAUUGGUCUUUCGUAUGGUGCUGGUAUAGGUGCUGUUACUGGAGCCAAGGCUACUCCCUUAUCGCUUGGUGGCUGCCCUGUCGAGUUCCUGGAUCCGGACACGGGCGCCUGUCUUUCGCACAAGGCGACUUCGUCCACAAUGUGGCUUGGCUUCCUGGUCGGUGGAGUCUUGACCGCGCUGCUUAUGACCUACAAGAUUCGUGGCGCCAUCAUUGUGGGCAUUGCCAUUGUUUCCAUCUGCUCAUGGCCUCGCGACACUGCCGUCACCUACUUCCCCCGCACAGUCAUCGGAGACAGCCGCUUUGACUUCUUCAAAAAUGUCGUCGGCUUCCAUUCCAUCAAGAAGACGCUUGUUGUGCAGGAAUGGAACCUCACAGAUAAAGGCGUCGGUGGCCAAUUUGCCCUUGCCGUUUUCACUAUGCUGUACGUCGACAUCCUCGAUGCCACGGGUACCCUGUACUCCAUGGCUCGCUUCUCCGGUGUCGUCGACCCGGUUACGGGCGACUUCCCACGCAGUACCAUCGCCUACUCUGUCGACGCCAUCUCCAUCUCCAUUGGUUCUCUCUUCGGUUCGUCGCCUGUCACUGCUUUUGUAGAGUCUGGUGCUGGUAUCCAAGAAGGAGGUCGCACUGGCCUGACUGCUAUGACCACUGGCGUCUGCUUUUUCAUCGCGCUCUUCUUCGCCCCAAUCUUCGCCUCAAUUCCCCCUUGGGCAACGGGCGGUGCUCUCAUUCUUGUGGGCUGCAUGAUGAUGCGUGGAGUCCUGGCUAUCAACUGGAACUACCCUGGUGAUUCGAUCCCCGCCUUCGUAACGCUCAUGUUCAUGCCGUUCUCAUACUCCAUUGCAUAUGGUCUGAUCGCCGGUAUCAUGUCGUAUGUCAUCAUCAACGGAGUCACCUGGGCUGUCGGUUUCGUUAGCCGCGGCAAGAUCCUUCCUCCUGAUUACGACAACAAGGAAUACUGGAGCUUGCAAGCCGACAACCCUCGCAGCCAGCCAUGGUUCAUGCGCGCAAUGAACGGCGACAAGAAGUUCUGGAGAUCCGAAACCUCAGAUUCGUUCGAGUUGCAGAGCACCGAGGCGAAUGCCAAGGGCCCUGAUGCUCAUGUCAAGGAUCUCGAGGCUCAUCAUACCAAGGCCGGCUGAUCGCCUGGUUUACUUUGCUUAACUGGGUCAUCUCAACGAUGCUUGAGAGACUUUCACCUGUCCGCUCUCCUUCACUGAAAAGUCCUGUUAGCUCCAUGUUGAAACAAGUUCUAUAUCCA